AUGAAUUUUUCUGGGGGAGAUUUAACACCUAUUGAACCACCCAAUAGUAUAUUUUCCACUGAACAUCGAAGGUGGCAAAAUGAAAGAAACAAUAAAGAUUGUAACAAUGAGCUUCUGUUAAAAGUAAUUAAAAACGAAAUGAGUUAUAAACAGUUACCUUCGAAAAUUUUAUUGAUGACUUCUAAGAUUUAUAAUAUAAAAAAUCUCUUUGAUGAAUUUUCGAAGGAUAAAAAAAUUUCAAAAAUUCUUCAGGAAUGUGGAAGUUACACAUAUUUGAAAAAUCUGAAUACGGUCAUAUUUACAAUUCAUGAAAAUGCGGACGAAACAUACAUGCCGAGCUUUUUACAACUCCUUAUAAACAAUGAUGUGUGCAUAGAGUUCGAUCAGAGUGUGGAAGCUGUAGGUGAAUAA